AUGAUCACAAGAGAAGUGAUUCUGUCCGUGGGAUUUAUCGUUUUAUCGUGUUUACUACCCAUGCUGAGUGGCCAAGGUGGCGGUCCGACAGACUUCCUUGGACUUGACAGUUUUUCUACCGUAAGCGGAUUUCACGGUGGACAAACUCAAGAAGCUACUAACUUAGGAUGGCCUACGAGUGAAUUCACGUCCAACCAAGCUGCGAAUGGACCGACCGGUCAAAAUCCUCGUAAUAGCGGCACCACAGUACAGCAGCUUACCGAACCAUCAGUUCCAACACGUCAGGAGCUGCUUGAAGCCAGGCGACAACGAGAAUGGGAUCGUUGGAACGGGGUACAGUCCUCAGCGGCUGAUCCUAUCGACCCUAUCAAUAGCCCCAUGGCAAUGCGCCAAGGAACGCCUACCAGCAUAUCCGACUUUGUUGAUGCCAGUGUACCGUCCCAAUCUGAAGUGAUAGACCCGUCGACGGAUCCAGCAACCGAUCCUUCUAACCCAAACCUAACGCAGGAAGAAAGGCGUGAAAGGAGACGACAACGACGACUGAACCGCAGAAACAGACCUGAUCGUUCAGGCCAGUCUGUCCCUGGUACUGAAGGAGAUCAACAGAUGACCCGUCGAGAGCAAAGGAGACAGCAACGCCUACAAGAAAGACGUGAAAGACAGGAGAGACGUCGAUUAGAAAGGCAAGGACAAGGUACUCCUGAUCCUUCAGACGCACAGGGACACACCGUCGUGGGGUCCGAAAAUACUUUAGAUCAAAGACCUCGACGAAAUAGGAACAGAAACUUCAACCGACGUGAUAGAAAUCAGAGGCGUGACAGGAAAAGGGAUCCCAACACGAACACUGCCGGUCCAGUUGACAAUACAGCUUCGUCUUUCAUAUCACCUGACGAACAGAAUAUUUUGUCUGCUAAAGCCCUUGAAUGGCUUCAGCGAGAAAAAGACCGUUUGCUAGCUGUAGAAAGGGCAAAGCUAGCAGAAGAGAAUGCUAAGAAACUGGCCGCACAACUGGCGGCAGAAAAGGCAGCGGAGGCAGCUCGACAGUUAGAGUUACAAAAGGCCCAGGAGGCUGCAAGGAAAAAGGCAGAAGCAGAACGGCAGGCGAGGGAAAAAGAAUUCCUAAGACAAAAGCAAGAACAAGAAAGAUUGAUCGCAGAAAUGAGAGCUAAAGUGCUAGCUGCAGAAAAAGCUGCUCAGGUUGCGCGACAGUUAGAAAUACAAAGAGUUGAACAGGCUGCUGCAGCCGAACGUCAAAGAAUUGCCAGGGUGCAGAAAGCAGAAAAACAGCGUCUGGAACAAGAAAGGAUUCAGGCGCAACGUUUAGCAGAAGAAAGAGUUCGAGAGAUUGCGAGAAUACAGGAGGCUGAAAGACAACAAAAAGAACAAGAAAGGAAACGUAAUGAGGAGCUUGCUAGGAAGCUAGCUCUGGAACGAGCAGAACAGGAACGACGAAAAAAGAUGAGGACUACACCAGCUCCGGUGAUUAUCCGGAGGCGGAGGAGACGGAGGUUUUUAAGACGUUUAUUUGGCAAAAAAUAA